AUGGCAUUUCUCGCCGAGGCGUUUACACUGGGUGCGGCACCUCCCGCGCUGCCUGUCGCUAGGCUCGCCGCCAAGCCCGAACGGCCAACACAUGGAGCUGCGCAGCGAGGUGUGCCGUCCACCUUCGCUGCGGCGGCCGCUGUCUUGGCGGCCGGCGUUGCUGUGAGCAAGCGGAAGGCGGGCACACGAGCGGCUUCGCUGGCUAUGAGGGCCAAGAAAAGGAAAGUAAAGGGAAAGAAUAAGGUGAACGUAGAAUCGAAGUUGAAAGCUUUGCAGGCACUGCAAGCAAUUGAGGAUCUGCAGAAAAAAGAGGAGCAGGAGGCAGCGGCCAAGAAGGCCGAGCGGGCCCGGAAGAGCGUUCGCGGCACUGCCGAGGCAGCCGCAGCCGACGGCGAGAAUGGCGCAGCAACAGCGCCAGUGGCCACUGCAGUGAGGAACGGCGAGAAGGAGCAAACCGAGGUGGCCACUGCGGUGACCAACGGAGAGAAGGAGAAGCCGGAGGUGGCCACUGCGGUGACCAACGGAGAGAAGGAGAAGCCGGAGGUGGCCACUGCGGUGACCAACGGAGAGAAGGAGAAGCCGGAGGUGGCCACUGCGGUGACCAACGGAGAGAAGGAGAAGCCGGAGGUGGCCACUGCGGUGACCAACGGAGAGAAGGAGAAGCCGGAGGUGGCCACUGCGGUGACCAACGGAGAGAAGGAGAAGCCGGAGGUGGCCACUGCGGUGACCAACGGAGAGAAGGAGAAGCCGGAGGUAGACAAGGCCGAGGAUUUCAGCCAGGUGUCUUGUCGAGCCUUGUCGUUGCAGGGGACCUAG